AUGCCCCAGGAGACCAGUAGCAGCCGUAAGACCCAGAGACCACUAGAAGACUGGCAAACCAUCACCUUCAAAUAUCUGGAAAAAAUCCAGCGCAAAAGAAAGACAUGGCUCACAGUGGGGAUCUCCUCAGCAUCACAAUGGACUCCUAAUGGCCUCCUGUACACAUUGGUCUCCCUGUACCAAGCCUCCUCUCCAGAGGAGGAGAAACACCUCACUGUACUGGUCCACCUGGCAGAUUCUGACCUCCUCUGGCUCAAAGAAACCAUUGCCCAAAUUUCAAGACUCUUCAGUCCACAGAUCUUGGCCGGGCAGUUGCUACUGAUCCACGCUCCAUCUGAUGUCUAUCCCUCUGUGAAUGGCACCCAGAAUGAGGCCAGUCGUGAGGAAUUGUACUCCAAGCAGAAUGUGGAUCAUGCCUUCCUCAUGAGCUUUGCCACAAAUCUCUCUACUUACUUCCUGUUAAUCGAGGACAAUGUCUUUUGUUCCCCCAACUUUGUCACCCAAAUCCAUUCACAGGUGGCCUCCAUGAAGUCAAGUCCGGUGAUACUGGAGUUCUCGGACAUAGGCUUCCUUGGCAAACUCUUCCACAGCAAGGACCUCCCACUGCUGGCCCAUUUCCUGCUCCUCUUCCACCAGGAGAAACCCCUUGACAAACUGCUCCUUCAUUUCCGCACCCUUAUGGUCCAGGAGAAAUCAAUCAUCUGCAGACCAUUUCUCUUCUAUUACAGGAUGUCCCACCCCACCUUUGAUGACAACCAAAAGGCCACGCUCGAUCGGGAAACCGACCCUUUUGGUCCCGACAACCCCCCUGCUGCCGUUUUCACAGAUAUGACAGUUUCUAAUGUCCACUUCCCCUGGGAGGCCUACACUCUGGAUGAGUCCUACUUCUGGACGCACGAUGUUAAUGUAGGGGACCACUUGACCGUGAUCUUGAACCAUCCAUCGAACCUGAGAAAAGUGCAGGUGAUGACAGGCUCCAUCAUGGAGGGAAAGUACACCCUGAAGAAGGGGCAGGUGGAGCUGGGCUACGACCCUGAGGGGAUGCCUCAGUACUGUGCCUCAUUUUUCGUGCUGGGCCAUCUGGUGGAGGGGCAGCUGUCUCAGGAGAUAGUUCCGAAAAGCAUGGGACACCAAGUGAACUGUGUGAGGCUGGUGGCCAAAGCCAAACAGGAUGGUGGCCUCAUGAUCAGGCACAUCUACCUCUGGGAAGAAAAGGCCAAGAAGGAAAAGCUCAUCAGAGACGGUGAUACAUCAUUAAAAGUAUGA